CGGUUGGCGAGUGUUGCGAUUAAUACCCGGCUGCACCCGCGAGUCGCAUUCCAAUCCCGGCGAUUCCCAUCCGCACGGCCUCUCUCCUCCAGGAAACCGAACGGGGAUCGUUCCUGGGAGAAUGUGGAGGCGUCCGCGAAACGGCGUCGGCUUCGAUUCAGGCUAACUCGAUCGGCUGACACGGGACAACCGAGUCAACGGGUGUCGCUUCUGCUACGUGCGUCUCUCUCUCUCUCUCUCUCUCUCUCUCUCAUCUCUCCCUAUUCUGUCCUACGUGUUCGUGAACGUGUCAGUGUUUAUGGUGUCGGUGGUCACUCGUGCACGCGUCCAGCCCGGUGUGUCACUCGAUGCAGCGUGUCUUAACGAUCGAUUUUCGGGAUAAGAAAGAAAAGAACGUGGCCGUUCCGGCACUGCACGUGCGCGCCGCCCGUCCCUCGCCCCUCUAGCCGACGAUCCCCUUUUCCCAGCACUCGAGAACGCGGCGCGAGUAACAUUGCGAGGGCGAACGCGGACACCCUUGGACCUCUCGUCGGCCGAACUUUCGUCGCGCCUACGCGCCCGGUGACGUCACCGCGCACACACGUCCCCAGUUUGACCGUCAUCGACUACGCGCCACGGAAAACUACGAGAGAGAGAGAGCACCGUAGUCGGAGAACGAGCCGCGAGAAGCGACUCGCCCAUGUGCUCGAUACGCCGAACUUCGGCUCGUCGCUGGUUGCACCGUUGUUGUUCGCAGCUAGAAAUCUCUGCAUUAUAUCCAGUCGCCUUCGACACGCGGACGUAACACGAGGCCGAAGAAGAACCGAAGUGUUUCCAUCGGCGUUCCCAGCUGGAAGUUACAGCGACAGAAUCAUCGCAGUGCCGAGUGACCGCGAUCGCGAAACCGUUGUCGCGAGGCGAACCGAUCGAUCCAACCGGUGCAUCGUCGGCGACGUCGAAUCGCGCGGUUGCCGACGAACAAGAGUGAAUCGCGUUGCUUUCACGGAUACGAGAGGAUCACGACGUUGCUCUUUGUCCGGCGAAUCGUCGAGCGAAUAGGUUUGUUUCGGAGUUCAGAGCGAAUUUUUUAAGCGGCUCGAACUCGCUGGGCCGUCUUCGACGGGUGUUCCGACGAAGAUUGGAAGGAGAAUUGGUCGCGGAGGAAGGCGACGAUCACCGAACGCUCUUUCCAGAAGGGAAAGACCCGAAGGGGGCCGGGUUUCCGGAGAUUCCCCGAGGCGCGGCGUCGAAAAAAAGUAGCGCGGAUCAGCGCGACUCGAGGAACUCGUUUCGCGGGUACAAGGCCCCGAAAUCCUGAGACCAGCGACCCGUGCGCGACCAUCGGCCACCGGCUAAGCCCGUCUCGACCGUCCGGUUCUUAUUCUCGGCAUCGACGAUCGGUUCCCGAUCCGGAGUUACGAACUUCUUCUCGCUGUUUACAGAGACGCCCGCGCGAUCCGCUCGAGGACAAGCUAUAGAGUUGCCUGGGCUGCACGGUAAUUGCCAUUCGCUUUCACCUAAGAUGCAAGCCGGGGCUCGGCGGGAGCAGGCUGUUCCCCGUAAUAAAUCUAAUAAUCGAGGCUAACGGUCCGCAGUGUGUCGGCGAGGGAGGAGGAGGAGGAGACCCAGGUCGGAGAGCGGCAAGACAGUCGUGUCGCACUUGGCGUCGUCGCGGAAAGGACGGGCUGCGAUCCUUCGAAGGUUGUCGAGGGACACGUGACGACCGUUUACGGUGGGCCAGGAGUCGCGUCGCGUUCGAGAUACCUCGGAGUGGCUGGCAAGCGGCGGCACACGGUCGAAUUCGGUCGCUCGAGGUGAAUCGGGCCGGAGCGAGUUAGAGGAGACACCGUUCCGGAGAGGAGAGGCUCGUUCGCGGGGACUCUUGCGGACGGAUUCGGACGGUGAAAGUGGCGUGGGAAUGUUCGAAAGUACCGCGGCGAGGCGAGAACGCUGAACAAGAAGGAAUAGAAACAGUGAAAAGAUAUCGGGCUUGCCGAGUCAAGCCUGCUGGUUUUCGCAGCCGUGCGAAUCGGUGCGCCGUGUACAGUUGGAUCUAGAGCCGGUCGAGCACCGGCGAACUCUAUCCACCAUCUAGGAUAAACCGGGACACGUCCGCGAUGCGUUCGCCGCGAGCUUCCCGGUUCUGAAUCGUGUUCGAAGCGUGGUUCUCACCUGAGCGCGGUGUCCGAGGACGAAUUUCAAGCGACCAGGCCCGAGGUAACAGCCGGCAAACUGGAUGCUCCAGACGGUGCCUCGCCUUCCGCGACUCCGCCCGACAUCACUGUCACCCAGGAUGACCGCUUUGGAAAGCGGACGGGUGGCAGUGCCAGGAGACCUAACGAAUGUUUCGUUCUCGAGUCCUCUGAGAUGAUUGUUAUUGACUAUCCGGAAGUGCAUGGAGGAAGGAUGCAUCGACCACCGCACCCCCAUCCCAUAACUGACCAUCGACAGGUCAACCUGGUCUUCGAUGAUACGUUUUCUCAAGGCCUGACUGGCAGGCCAGAACUCUACCAAAAGUCUAACAGAAGCAGCCAUUCAAGCGACACAAGCUCAGCAUACAGUGGAUCAGAUACAAUGACAUCUGUACAAAGUUCAUUGGAUGCAGAUCCAGAUGACGUUGAUCUGUCGGGACUCGUUGAAUCCAUCGUGGAUAGCGAUGAAGAAGAGGAUCUGGCAGAGAGCAUGGACAGCCUGACUGUUCGUGAUCCGGUCAGAGAAUGUUUAGAGAAAGAUCCUAUGGAAAGAACGGAAGACCAUAUAGAGACACUGUUAGAAUUUACACAACAGUUAAAGGCCUUUACAAACAUGACUUUAGCAGUAAGAAGAGCGCUGUGCGCUGUAAUGGUAUUUGCUGUGGUAGAACGUGCUGGUAUGAUAGUUUUGAAUGAUGGUGAAGAAUUGGAUAGCUGGAGUGUGCUUAUCAAUGGUGCUGUAGAAAUUGAGCAUAGCAAUGGAGAAAUUGAACAACUACAUCUUGGUGAUAGUUUUGGAAUCUUGCCUACUAUGGAAAGAUUAUUGCAUAGAGGUGUUAUGAGGACGAAAUGCGAUGAUUGUCAAUUUGUAUGCGUCACGCAAGCAGAUUACUUUAGAAUUCAACAUCAAGGUGAAGAGAAUACUAGGAGGCACGAAGAAAAUGGAAGAGUCAUUCUAGUAACAGAAUUAAGGGGAGCUCUCGAUGGUGGAGCACGUAGGGGUCAUGUUGUUAUUCGUGGCACUCCUGAACGUUUAAUGUUACAACUUAUAGAAGAAAACAGUAUUACCGAUCCCACUUAUAUAGAAGACUUUUUAUUAACUCAUCGAACAUUUAUUGAUAGUCCCUUAUUAGUUGCAAGUCAAUUGUUAGAAUGGUUUGAUCAAGCACAAGUCAGAGACAGAGUGGCCAGAGUAGUGCUUCUUUGGGUAAAUAAUCAUUUUACAGACUUUGAAACUGACCCAUCCAUGAUGGAAUUUUUAGAAGCUUUUGAAACUGGAUUAGAAAGGGAAAAAAUGCAAGGGCAACAAAGAUUAUUGAACAUUGCCUGUGCAGCAAAGGCAAGAAUGCGUAAUGUAACAUUAGCAAGACCCAGUAGAGACGAGGUCUUGCAUUUUAAUAUUUUGGGCGGUUACGAAAAAGGUUUUGGGAUCUUUAUCUCGAAAGUCGACAAGAAGUCGAAAGCAGAGGAUGUUGGUUUAAAGCGGGGCGAUCAAAUUUUAGAAGUAAAUGGACAAAGCUUCGAGCAUGUGAGUCACGCCAAAGCUCUAGAACUUUUAAGGGGCUCUACUCACCUCAGUAUAACAGUGAAAUCCAAUUUACUUGCGUUUAAAGAAAUGCUUCAGAUGCCAGAUGAUUCACCGAGGCCGCGGGCAAGAGCAAACAAACCCGAAAUUUCAAAACUCCCAACGGAUCCGCGUGCAAGGUUGUCCACGCACGUGGAUCCAAUCACCACUGUAAAUCCAAUGAACCCACUAGUGGGUGGUGUUCCGUUAUUAUCUGACUCCAACAUCUCUCCAAUCAAAGAUGUUAAAAAGGAACAUAAGGGAUUCAUGACGCUUGGGCCAAAAAAGAGAUUGCAGAGAGCACUCAUAAAAAUGAAUAUACUGCAAAAGAAUACUAUUAAUGACGGUGUACAUGCAGACGAUUCACUUGCGCCUCCUCAUACACCACCAGGAACAGGUCUCGCUCAGACCACUACUAACCUAUACCAUUCUAAGAGUAAUCCUGAUCUAACUUCGUUAUAUUGUUACGAUGACUUAAGAGCGCCAGACUAUCCCGAACACGUUUUGAAAGUUUACAAAGCUGAUCAAACUUGUAAAUACCUUCUUAUUCACAAAGAAACAACGGCGCACGAGGUGGUAAUGCUUGCUCUUCAAGAAUUCGGUAUAACCGAGAGCAGUUCAAAUUUUUCCCUGGCCGAACUUAGUGUCGGGGAAGGAGGCAUGAUUAAGCAGCGUAGGUUACCAGAUCAGAUGCAAAAUCUUGCGGAAAGGAUCGGUUUAAGUUCUCGAUAUUAUUUAAAAACGAAUGGUAUAUCGGAGACACUUGUAGCCGACGAGCAAGCGCCUGAACUGAUUCGUGAAUCUCAGGUUCAUUUCUUACAAUUAAACGCAGUUGAAGUCGCCAUUCAAUUGACGUUACAAGACUUCAGUAUAUUCAGGCAAAUUGAAUCUACGGAGUACGUGGACGAUUUGUUCGAGUUGAAAAGUAGAUACGGAGUGCCUAUGCUCAGGCAGUUUGCUGAACUAGUCAAUAGAGAGAUGUUCUGGGUUGUUACAGAAGUUUGUUCUGAACACAACCUUGUUCGACGUAGUAAAAUAAUAAAACAAUUUAUAAAAAUAGCUCGUCAAUGUAAGGAAUGUAAAAAUUUCAACUCCAUGUUCGCGAUCGUGUCUGGUUUGGGUCAUGGAGCUGUUUCAAGAUUACGAGCAUCUUGGGAAAAACUGCCAAAUAAAUAUCAGAGGCUAUUCAUUGAUCUGCAGGAGUUGAUGGAUCCCAGCCGCAACAUGAGCAAGUACAGACAAUUGGUGGCGUCCGAACAAACACAACCUCCCAUAAUUCCGUUCUAUCCUGUAGUAAAGAAGGAUUUGACAUUUAUUCAUCUCGGCAAUGAUUCCAGAGUGGAAGGUCUAGUUAAUUUUGAAAAGCUGCGAAUGAUUGCGAAAGAAGUAAGAUCUUUGACAGGCAUGUGUUCCUCCCCCUAUGACUUGUCAAUAAUGCUGGAAAGAGGUGGUCAACCACCUAGUUCCGCUAUGGUCGCGUUAAAUCAAAUGACCACUGGCAAUCAAGUUUUGCAUUGUCCAGGCGGACAAACUGCAACUGUUAAAAGGCGGAAGAAAUCGACGGCUGCGCCGAAUCCGAAGAAGAUGUUUGAAGAAGCACAGAUGGUCAGGAGAGUGAAGGCUUAUCUUACGAACAUGAAAGUAAUAACGGACGAGGAACGAUUACAUGGUCUAUCCGUGGAUUGCGAACCUCACGCAGGAGCGGUCGCAGUGGCUGCAGCAGUACCUCUCAGCGCGGGCAGAGGAAGAAGGCAUCCUUCUCCUACUCUAUCCACUACAAGUAGCGCUAGCAGCACCAGUGAAGGUAGAAAGAGUAUACAGGGUACAAAGUUUGGAGCCGCAUCGCCGCAAGCAGUAAGGAAGAUACUUUCGCUCUCUGACCAGCAUAAAACUCGCCCCUAUCAGCCGAAGCAUUGCGUACCGCCGCUUCCAGUGCCAGGAUUGACCUUGCAUUCCAGUGGACCUGAGCCGAGUCCUGGUGCGCCCAGGAGAGUAGGAUCCGGUAGCCGAGUUUCCACGCACGAGCGAUCCCAUAGCGACACACCUUCCAGUUUAUUGCCGCCUGUCGAUCUCAGCGCUGAGAGCAGUAGCGUGACCAGCCUGAGCAAUCUGCAACCCUUAAGGAAAACGUUGACCAGUGGUUCGGUGACGAGCAGUGACAGUGGUCAUAGUACACAGCUGGACAGCCAUAGCGGAAGCAGCGUAGAAGCUGGUGGCAGUCCACCGCCACCUCAAAGACGGCACUCCGCCAUGCAAGGGUCUGUUUUGCGAGGUGGUGCCCCUCCGUUCCCUCACGCGGUAGCAGUGCUACCUCCGCUUCCUGCGAACCACAACCAGAAUCACAACCAUAAUCAUCAUCAUCAUCACCACCACCACCACCACCACCAACAUUAUUACGAUCAUCACCAUCACCAACCCCAAAAUCCUCAAGGUUGUACGGGAUUAGGAGUAGGCGUGGGUCUCGGAGUACCGGCGGGACUUCCUCCUCCAGGCACGACAAUUAUAACGACGAUGACGACCAUGACUACCAUGACGUCGAUGACAACGAUGCGUCCAGGAGUCGGUGGCACUCAAUGUCGUCAGCCGCCUGCAUACAAAGUCGCAGCACAGAUGGCAAGGUUGCACAGGCUUGGUCGUGCACACAGUCACGAAGGUGUUACCUACAGGACCGAGCACGAAGAUGAUGACGAGGACGCCCAAGUAUCGGCGGUCUAAUCGAUCUGUGACACGGAAGGAGUUCCAGUCAUCCAAUCCGUCGUGUCAUCAUCAACUUGGUCUUUCCCCAAAACAAAGAAAAUAAAUCCAUUCGUUGCGAGUCGUAAGUACCGGACCAACUAAUUGUCCACGUGAACAAGAAAAGGAAGUCGGUACGGGUCGUGGAAUUCUGGACCUCUACGAGUGUCCCGAAGGCGACUGUAUUCAUCGGAGGACGUCAAAGACGAAGGGUACAAAGGCAUACGGACGAAUACGGACCGAUACGCACAGCAUUUCCCAGAUGUUUUUGCAUUCGAAGAUCCCGGAACUCCAAGAAGCUUUUGGAACGCGGACCUGGAGUGCUCGUCUUCCAUAAUUGCAGGCAAACGAGAAUCUCGGGAGCUAUGCUAGAAAAAACGCGGGAGAAAGAAAUCUACGGAACGUGUACCUCGAUGGCUUGCAAUGAGGAGAGGGAACAGCGAAAAGACAAUGACGACUUUUCGAUCGGACUGAUAGCGAACGUUUGACUGUUGCACGCGACAGAAGUUCGCGGGACUAAGACGCGAAAGAAAACAGACGUAAAGUAAUAUUCUAUAUACAUAAAUGUGUAAUAAAUCGAGUCCAAAGAUGUUAUAUAUACCGCGUAUCGCCGCAGGGAGUACGAACAACGGCGAGUCCUGUAUUAUAUACUUUUUAGGCUAAUCCCAAUCACGACCCCCCCCCCCCCCUCAACUUGUAGAUUAAGCAUAACUUGGUGUACAUAGUGUAGCGUUUAAUCGUAGAGUGUAAUUGGCGAGAAAGAAUAAUUACGAGACAGAGACGAAAUUCAGUGCAAAGCGGAUCGGAUACGCGCCCCCCCAAAAAGACCCUCGAAUCACCCGACGCGUCGAUGUUGAACUCUUGACCUGUUUACGGAUCCAACGUCGACCAUUCUUCUCUUUCCGUUUCGGAUUCGAUGUAUACAGCGUCUGCCGGUGUAGCGAGCGUUUUUUUUUUAAGGUUUUAGUCACCACGUUUCCGAGCUUCGUCCUUUGUUAUCCUUGUCGCAGGAAGAACGAGCGGUCUCAAGCCGGCAGAGCACUCGACGCAGUUUCAUUUCGCUUUGACUGGCAUUCCGGUUUGACUGGCAUAUGUCGAACGCGUUCAUGGAAAUUUCGUAGUCGUUGGGAGCUCCGAUUUUUACGGUUUCGAUGUGUGUUGAAUUUUACCGUUGACUCGAUCAAGUACAAAGUAUUUUUCAAAGACUAACACGAGCGGCGUUUGAGAGAUAGGUACGGGAUCGAAAGUACUGUUCCUGGACUUUUGGAAUUCUUAUUAAGGCGGCUACGGCGCGUGUAGCAAUCGUAAGUGUGCGUGUUGGACGUCUAAUUAUGUAUGCGGAUUGAACGACGAGGAAGUCAAAUGAUUAUGUAGUGAGAGAAUGCGUGCGCGCGCGUGUGCGUGUGUAUAUGUGUGAGAGAAAUCUUCAGAAGAUCGAUAUACAACAAGGUAUUAGCGUUUCAGGAUAUAUACGAGAUGACGAAAAGCAAAGUCUAUAUUAUAAUGCAUCGCGUAUGCUCAACUUAUUUUUACUGCAUGUAUAAACGGAAACGAAUUUUAGAUCUGGCUAUAAACUGAUAUAUAUAUAUCUCGAUAUUCUCGAUUCGCUCUGCCGCCGAUCGAAGAUGGACGCUCCGACGGCGACUCGUCGAACUCAUAUUUUCCGAAAUUUUAUCAGUAUCACGGUACGUCUUAGUUUUAUAUAAAUAUAUUAUAUAAAUAUAUAAAUAUGAAUAUACCUAUAUGUAUAUCCGCGCUAUACGAGCAAGAGGAAAGGAAAGAAAGAGAGAGAGAGAGAUGCGAGUGGCGCAGGAUCGGAAGUCCGCCAUGACGUAACGAACGAUCGUCACGGAAUUGGCAAGACGACGGACCACCGAGACAGAUGAUCGCGUUGUCGUAAAUGAGGCGAAGGUGGUGUGCGCGGCUGGUUUUCUCGUCGAAGUAAUAUCGUUUCUCUUCGCCCGUUUGACUCUUAUCUUAUCGUAAGAAUGCUCGGAAAAAAAGAACAGAAAAGAAACUGAUUAAAUUCGUAUUUCUCGUCCGUUUGUAUGCACAAGCCGCUCGAGUCCUUUGUCGGCGAGAACCAAGGGAAUCGUGGACUUCGUGUGUAGGAGAAUGAAUGCGGUCACCGGAGUGGGCCUAACCGUCGGAAGGCACAUCUCCCGCGAAACUGGUCUGCCAGAAAAGGCGCGCAGAAGCGGAACAGAGGCCUCGAGGAUCGACGCGGCGCUUCAGACCUCUUCCGCCGUUGUUAACAUUCCACCGUGUCUUGCCGUGUUUCGUGGCCGAUUAUGCUUCCCCGAACAGACUGCUUCCACGGACGUUUCAUCGAUAUACCACGUACUGCCCCCCGAGCCGAAACGAUAGAUAAACACCCAGACACCUUCGUACACCGUGUCGAUCCUCGACCACGUCCGUCGUGUCUCGGGGACACGAGGCGGCGACUCGUCUAGAAAACGAUGGCACCGUUCCCUGACACACCGCGGACUCAGUGACAUUUACUGCAUAUUCAUAUUAAUAUCUCUUUGUACAUAUCCUAACGACUUUUAAAAAUAUUCUUAAUCCAACGUUCUCGCAGAAACUGUUUAAAUGAUUGUAUUCAGCGUUCCAUUGACGCGAAAGCUUUUUCCGUGAUCCGAGAGUAGAAGGGGAACUAAAACGAAGUAGACCGAGGAAACUACCCACCUUUUCUUUCCGUUCGUUUCUCUUUCGUCGUACACACACACACACACACACACACACACACACACACACGCACACUCUUUGCGUUUCUCACACUGUAACCGGCUGUAGGAGAUCUUCCCUCUGUUCGUAUCGUCGUAGCAGUUCAUAGACGCGACUCAUUCCAUGGAACAUUUUGCCAACGUAUUCGCGGAGCAACGCGGUUCCGUUACCACUUUGAUCUAUCGGCGUUUCAAUAGAUCGAAGUCGAACGCUUUUCCAUCCUCUGCCAUGCGGAUCGAUGAGCCCCGAUCAUGAUCCACGCGGGACAGUGAUCAGUGUUCACCGGACCAACGAGAUAUCUUUCAUACCGGCCACCAUGUGUAGUUUUCUAAGCUGUGUUGAACCGACGAGCAAUAAUGUUCAGCCGUUUGAGACGGAUGAUCAAACUGAAGGGAACGCAAAGAGUUUAAGAGGGACGGAAAAAGCGUUCGAAACGGAGAGAGUGAGAGAGAGAGAGAGAGCGUGAAAGAGAGAGAGAGAGAGAUUCGUCUUGAAUUGCAAAGAUUCAAGCCUUUUUUUCCCCUAAUUUUACGAGAAUGAUUCACCUUGUCGUAGUGUUCGUGUAACUGCGAGCCCGUGAAAAAAAGUUUAUCCGAGAGUAACGAAAAAUAGCGUGCGUGAGAGAGAGAAAGAGAAAAAAAAAGAUACAAUAUGUGGAUAAGCCUUGAACUUUCUUCUUCCACGACACCCCUGUAUUCUUUUAUUUUUAUUUAUACUCCUUGCCCCUUUUUCUCCUAUUGUUUUAAUUAUUUAUACAAACCUCGAGAAUGGAGCGACUGCAAUUGCGGUCCAAACCGCGAGUUACACGAGAGAAAAAAUGCAGGAAACUUUUUGUAUUUAAUUUGUUUAAUAAAACUUGGAUCAUAGUACAACAUUUCGACUGAUUUGGUUUUAAAGCACACACGCAUGCACACGAAAACACAUAUACACACACACACACGUUUCCCCACGUUCUUUUUUGGCUCUGUUGGAAAGCGUCGUUCGCUGUCCUAUUUUCUUCGCCAACCCUUGUUCGCUUAUCAUUAUUUCUCGACGAAACGGAAAAUUGAGACAAAACAGUACAAACCAGAAAUGAUUUCUAAUGGAAAAAUGGGGGAGAGAGAGAGAGAGAGAGAGAGAGAGAGAGAGAGAGAGAGAGAGAGAGAGAGAGAGAAAGAAACGCGAGCGAAGUUCUGCGGAAACACGUUUGUUAACAAACAUUUCUCUUCAUUUUGUACAUAAACGCGUAUCGAACGCGCAUCUUUCGCGUUUUCACCUGAUUUCUCCUUUUUCGACAAAUCUCUUUGUGUACGGUAUGUAUCAUUGACUUUAGUAGACUCUUCUGUUCUCGAUUCUUUCAAUUACAUAACGGCAAUCGUGAAUCACUUCUCCCGUAGUUCCUGAGAAUUCUAAUAAAAUCGUAGAUAUUUUAUGUGAAAGAGUUUUGCUUUAAACUAUCCAUCCAUUUAAUCGCUUAGUUUCUAUUGUUAUUUUAAUGUUACAUUGAAACGAAGUUAUUAAAAAGAUAGCUUGUACACCAACUUUUUUUAAAUGAAAUAACAAACUCAGAAUUUUAUAGAUUAAUUUCUGAAAAGUAUGCUGUUCAAAGUUGGUCUUAAUUUUAUAUAAAUAUCGCAAUGUUAACAACGUAAUCGAGUAAUUAACUAGAUUGUGGUUUGAAACCGUUAAUUUCGAACAUACAUACACGCAAAGCAUAAUAAAAUUAUCGUCUCCAGACUAAUUAUGUAGGAUGCGACGGCGAAACUUUUCUCUAUGCUAUAGAUAAUUUGAUUUCCUAUUUAAUUGCAUCAGUAUUUAUCGAACUCGAGCAAUGAUUGUAGAAGUCAAUGACAGAUGCCGCACGCGAGAGAAGAAUCCCUGGGAACGAAACUGUUGGUGAUAUACUGCUACUAUUUUGUACGAUACAAUGUUUUUGUAUAUCUGUCUACCGUAUGUAUAGGAAUAAAGUCUACCGAUUAAAAUAUGUGGUUAAAAUUGUAUCGAACACGUAUUAAACGAUUUGUAGCGUGACGGACACAAACUCCGAUUGUAUUUACCAAGAGUCACACAUAGAUGUUGUUCCCAUUAAUGUACACCUGUAAAAUCCCAGUCGAACAAUAUAUAAGCUACUAAAGGA